AUGUCUUACGCGGAAGCCGCGGCCAAAGGCCCUAAGCAAUCACCAGAGGAGGUAUGGCUACUGACUGACUCUUCACACCACAGUCGCGCCCCUAACCCACCACGAACAUAUCUGAGUGAAACAGGGGAGAGCACAGCCUCCCUGGUUGACGUUGACUCCCCGCAUGUUGUUUCAGUGGACCMGGAUUUCCUCAACCAGGAAGUGAAGACCACUACCCAGGCUGAUCGCUUAGAAAGAGAGGCACAGGAGAAAGAGGAGCGGAAAGAGCAGGAAAAGGCGCAGAAGGCGAAAGCGAAGGCUAAACGCGCCGGCCAUGUCGCCAAGCGCAACCCUGUCUUCCUCGGAAAUGCCGUGCUGUACGCGCUGGUCGGUGCUGCGCUCGGUUAUGGCGCAUACAGGAAGCAUGCCGAAGGCAAGCUGUCGUGGAAGCUUGUUGGAACAUGGACUGGGAUCGUUGGAGCCUUCAGUACGGUCGAUUACUUUGUCAGCAAGUGA